GGUGGGUUUGCCCAAAAUGUGGCAUAAUUACAAUACAGUCCAAUGGGUUUUGCUUAGUUUUUUCAUUUCUAUAACCAUGAAUUCGAACCUGUAUAUAUACAUGUAGUAGUUUCACAAAAUGUAAAUCCUCCUCCUCAAAUCUCUUGUAUAUUUGCGUACUUUUGGCUCCAAUUUCACUGAAACAUAUCACUUCUUUCAUCGGUUGAUCUAGCAAGCUCUUUGUUCUUGCUAGAUUACAAAAGCAUGUCAAAACUAAAUGAUCAUAUCACUUUUUAAAAAAUUUCUUAAACAUUGUAACUAUAAUUUUGUAUAAUUUGUUUGUAUAUUAAAGAACAAGUUGUUUUCUAAAUAUAUGAAAAUAUAAAUCAAAAUAGUAAAGAGAAUCAGUUUUUUUUCUUCUAAAUAAUGUUUUUGCUCUUUAGUCGGGAGAGAAGAGCAUCUAAAGAGAAUGUGUGAAGCUUAUGCAAAUAGUUGUAGUAAAAAAAAAGAUACACCUAAAGAGCUUUGUUUGAGUACAAAGCAAGCAAAAGUUUAAGACAAAACCACUUUCCUCUCAGAUUAUAUUUGCAUUGUCAAGCAAGCAUAUAUGCCCAUUGUCAUCCAUAUGUGUGCAUAUCCUUGUACUAUUCUCUUUUUUUUUUUGAGGAUUAAAAUCAAUUAAAUAUGUCAAAAUAGUUUUAAGAAGUAGCUAUGAGAAUAUAAACAUCUAAUUUCUGAAGUAAAGUGAGUCUUGGAAGACAGCAAAGUGAGCUGCUAAAGGACCAAUCUUUAUGAGAAAGACAACAGAACCUUAUAUCCUUCCACAGUGUAGAUCAUUGGUUUUAGUUUAAAAGAUUUAGACGCUCUUCUGGUGUUUACCUUGAAAACCAUGGAAUCAAGUAGAGCUCUCACAACCGUUUGCAUUCUCCUCUGUCUCUUUUUCUCGGCCAGCUUCUUCACUCAUUCUGUAGUAGAUGCAAGAAAGCUUGAGAGACACGCAAAGAAGAAGCCAAAGAAAUUGGUUAUCAAAGCAUUCAAGCACACAACAUUUUUAGAGAAAAUGAUGACACAACUCAAUCUAGCUCAACCUUUGGAAUAUUCAACAACAUCCUCCAACACUCAACCUUAUGGUGUUAGCACAACUCUCACUCUACCUCCCUAUGCUUCACUUCCUCCACUUCCAGUUCCCGGAAAUGCCCCUCCUUUUUGUAUUAAUCCCCCAAAUACUCCUCUAAACUCACCUCCCUCCAUUUCCAAUCCUGGACUUAGCCCACCUCCCGGCCCAAUAACUGUACCCAACCCACCUGAAUCAUCUUCUAACCCAAACUCAAAUCCAAACCCACCCGAUUCUACCUCAAACCCAAACUCAAACCCAAACCCAAACCCACCCGAAUCAUCUUCUAACCCGAACAACCCGGGAUCUUCAUCUAACCCAAACCCACCUGUUACUGUCCCUAGUCCACCAGAAUCAUCCUCAAACCCAAACCCACCAGAAUCAUCAUCAAACCCAAACCCACCCAUUACCGUUCCAAAUCCGCCUGAAUCAUCCAGUCCAAACCCGCCAGAAACAGUUCCUAGUCCUCCUGAUGAAUCCGGUCACACACCAGGCCCAUCAGGACCCAUUUCAGGUCCACCUAACAACGAGCCAGGCCCAACAACUCCGACCGACACUCCUACACCGUCCGGUAAUCUUCCAUCCCCAACCGGAUCAGUUCCAACUCCAUCAACAGGGUUUUUACCUCCGAUUGUCUAUCCACCGCCUAUGGUACCACCGCCGUCUGGCAUGACACCGACCUCGGCUUACUGGUGUGUGGCUAAGCCCACAGUACCUGACCCAAUUAUCCAAGAAGCCAUGAAUUUCGCUUGUGGAUCAGGAGCUGAUUGCCAUUCAAUUCAGCCUAAUGGACCUUGCUUUAAGCCCAAUACAUUGUGGGCGCAUGCUUCAUUCGCCUUCAAUAGCUAUUGGCAGCGGACCAAAAGCUCUGGUGGCUCGUGUACAUUUGGUGGCACCGGCAUGCUUGUUACUGUCGAUCCAAGCUAUAAUGGGUGCCAUUUUGAUUUCUUCUGAUGCAUGAAGACUGAAGACGUCUCUCACUUUUUAUUUUUCAUCUUUUUGUGGAUACGAAUAAUAUCAAAUGUGUUUUUGAUAUAUAAUACGUUAGGUGGGUCUCUCACUUGUAAGUUGUAUGUAACUUUUAAAGGCUUUAUAAAUACACUAAUUUACUCGAAAA